CUCUUUGAAAGCCACCGGCCACUACCUGUAAGCUAAAUGGCUGUCAUUUGUUUAACGUCAUCUUGUAAUAUAAGCGUAGCAUAACAAACAAUUUAGCUACGUUACACUUUUUUUUUUUUGCGUUUGUGUGAAGUCCAAGUCAUUUUCCUCGAGAUGACUCAUUUCUCAAAGAGGCUGUGACCAGAGCGGCCGGCGGACACCGGAGGAGUCUGAUUUCCCGUCACAUCACAGGAAUCUCGCUGCAGCACGAGACCAACGAACACCGAGACCUUAUCAUCAUCCCCCACCAUGUCGGUACCACAGUCGCGCGGGGCAGCAUCCUCCCUUCAAUUAUGCAGGAUCAUGAGGCCAAAUGAUGCCAACAUUGUGGGCAACGUCCACGGCGGCAUUGUCCUCAAGAUGAUCGAGGAAGCUGGAUGCAUCGUUGGCACACGACACUGCAACACACAGAACGGGGACCGCUGCUUGGCAGCUCUGGUUCGGGUGGAGAAAACAGAGUUCCUGUUCCCUGUGUUCAUUGGCGAGGUAGCCCACGUCACCGCUGAGAUCACUUACACCUCCAAGCACUCACUAGAGGUGCAGGUCAAAGUCAUGGCUGAGAACAUCCUCACAGGUGCCAAAAAGCUGGCCAACAAGGCAGCGCUGUGGUACGUCCCCUGCUCUCUGCAGAAUGUCGACAAGAUCAUGGAGGUGCCGCCCAUCAAGUAUGCCAGUGCAGAGCAAGAGGAGGAAGGAAGAAAGCGCUAUGAGGCUCAGAAGAUGGAGAGACUGGAGACCAAAGCAAGGAUUGAAGAGGUGGUGCCACCACCACCCAACACAGAACAACACACAGUUGGCUUCAGCCAGUCCAGUCUGAUCCAUUUGGUGGGCCCCUCUGACUGCACACUACAUGACUAUGUUCAUGGAGGUGUGACCAUGAAGCUGAUGGAUGAGGUUGCCGGCAUUGUGGCGGCUCGGCACUGCAACACCAACGUUGUCACUGCCUCUGUGGAUGCCAUCAACUUCCAUCGCAAGAUCAAUAAAGGCUGUGUGGUGACGGUGACGGGGCGGCUCACGUUUGUCAGUAACAAGUCUAUGGAAAUUGAAGUGUUGGUAGAUGCUUCCUCGCUGGUGGAGGCAGAGAAAGGGAAAUAUCGCGCUGUCUCUGCCUUCUUCACCUUCAUCUCCCUGGACAAGGACAAAAAGCCUCUGCCUGUCCCUCCUCUUAAGAUCGAUGGAGAGGAGGAGCAAAGGCGUUUCGAGGAGGGCAAAGCACGUUACCUCCAGAAUAAAGCAAAGAGACUCGCAGAUAAGGAGCGCCAGCAGUGACGCCGCUGCUCACCAGAAUGAAACGCCUGCAGCAACAGUAUAUCAACCCCACACAACACAUACAGUAUAAAGGGAAUACAAACCCUCUCUCCUGUUCUGUAAUUGUAGCCUCCUGUUAAACCUAAACCUGUGAUUAAUUUUUCCUGUGCUGCACACCAAAGUGUCCACAUAUAGCUGUAUAUGUAUGUAAAAGUAAGAGUACAUAUUUUAUUUUGGGGAGAUUUUUAUUGAUGUAUGAAGACUUCAUGAUCUGUGUCAGUGCAAAGUGAUAGUCUGAACACAAGGAAAAUGAUGAAUAAGUGAGUGAAUAAUAAUGAAUAAAAGAUCCAAGUGUGA